AUGCAAAAUAACAAUGAGACAUUUUGGAACAUUGAAGAUGAAAGUGAUGAGGAUUUUGAAUCAUUGAUUAAUGGAACCCAAGAAGAAAUUAAAAAGGAUGAUGAACCGACAUUACAAGAUGAAAUAUUAACUUCGGAAAAUAUGGAUUUUUUGUGGUCUGAUGACGAGGAAGAAAAUGUAUUUAAGAUACAAAAGAAUAAAACUGUUCAUUUUGAAAUAUCACAAGACAAAAAUAAUUUAGAACAAAAUAAUACAAAAUUUAAUUUUACAAAUGAAAAAGGGAUGUGUGAAGUGAAAAAAACAUUUAAUGGCGUGAUAAGUGAGAAUGAUGCAUUUAAUAAUGUAGAUGGAUUUGUAAAUAAAAAUAUUUCUAAUGAUGCUACAAAUUUCACUGCAAAUAAUAAGUUGUCAGAAAUAUUGAAGGCGGAAAAUAAUAAAAAUGGAGAUGAAAGGAUUUUAUCAGAAAAAAUUAUUGCUACGCAGUUAGAACAGAUAGUGAAUGAAGAACCUUAUAAAUUACAAAAUGUUACACAAGAAAAAAUUAAAGAAGAUGUAUUUAAUAAACUAUCAAAUAUUGAAAAAAUAGAAGAAGAUAUAAAAAAGUUAUCUAUCGAUGCUAGCAAUAAUAGCAACUUUGAUACAAUUCUAACAAGUGAGGAAAUUUCUCAAGAUAUCAUUCAGGAACAGCAUGGAGAUUUUGAUUUACCUUUUUCGACAUCUUUUGAAAAUUCCGUGUUAACUGAUGGCUGUAAACAUCAAAAUAAUGUUACUGCUUGCAAUAAUGAGGAUGUUAAUUUGGAAUCUAGGACAUCCAAUUUUAUAGAAAAAGAAGAUAAACAGACAGAAAAAACAAAUUUAUUGUUUUCUAACACGAAUAUUGACACUAAAGCACUUGUAGAGUCUACAAACACACCCAAUGACACUGAACUGGUUAAAAAUGGAAAGGGAAAUAUUAAAUGGUCUUCUGCUGAUCUUACUAUUAAAAAGCCUUUAGUGUGCGUUUUUGGUAAUAGUGUUUUAUCAUUGAAUUCAUCAUUUCAAAAGAGAUAUUUAAAAGAUGGAACACAAAAGGAAGUUGAUGUUAACAUUUUUAGAAGAUUUAAAUUGCUACAUUUCUUUGAAAUUGUUGAUGAUGAAAUAACAGAUUUUUUUGAAGGUAAAUCUCUUAAUUUAAUUCUUCAACUUAUUAAGUUAAAGGAUAUUCAUGCAGAGAGUAUAUGUGAAGUUAUUGGUGCUAAACAGGUACAAUAUUCUUCAAAAACUUUUGUUGAUACUGAGAAAAGUUACGAUAUUAAUACAGCAUUAAAUAUAUCAACGUUUAACAACAGAAUGGCGAUUGACUAUUGUUUAAAAAAAGAAAUGUGGAUAUUAGCAUUACUAAUUUCUAAAAAUGAUCCAAAAAUUAUUGAAAGAAUUUUUUCUGAAAUUCUCGAUGAAGAUAUGCGAUUUCUGUUUUGUGAUAAUACAUUUAAAAUGAAUCAAUCUUGGAUAAAUUAUUUUAUGCAUUUUGCUAAUAGCCCAAAAUCGCAUUUACAUACAAAAUAUAUUUUAGAGGUGUUUAAAAAUGAUUAUACUGAUGGAUGUUUGGUGUUGAUCUCUUUAUUUUUAUGUAAUAUUAUUGACUUGAAGGAUUACUUUGAAUAUUUUACACAUAGGCAUGCUAUUUUACAAAUUUUAUUAAUAAUUCAUAAAAAAAUUAAAAAAAUUUGUGGCAUUGAUAUUUUGAUGUAUGAGUAUAUUAACGACACAAAAGAGAGGGAUUUAGAAGGUGUCAAAAAGUUUUAUAAAUUGUAUAAAAAAGAAUUUAGAAAAGAUUUUCAAAUUAUUUUAGAUGAAUGGUUUAAGUUAAACUGGAAUUUUGGAAUAAAAAAUGUAUUAAAUUUUGGAAUUUCUAAGAUAUUAGAUAUGCCCGAAUCUAAUGAUAAAAAUAACAUAAAUGUUGUAUCUACUCAUGAACAGAAAAAAAAUAUAAAAAAAUCUAAUGAGUAUAUUUGUAAUGUUAGUGAUCAAAAUGCUCAUUUAAAUUCUCUUGAAAAUCAGGAGAUUAGUCAUAAAGUUGAUAGAAGUAUAGGAAUCAAUGAAAAUGUUAAUAAGCCUAAUAAGGCGGUAUAUAAAGACAAUGAACACAGCAAAAGUUUUGCCGAUUUUUUUGAUAAUGAUAGAUCACUAAAUGAAGAUAAAAUAGAAGAUGAUACUGCAUUGUUUUUAUCAAGUUUUAGUUUAAAUGAAGAUGAUAAUGUUGAUAUAAAAAAAUCGAAAUCAACAGAAAGUGAUGCAGAAAGUAAUAGUUCUUUUUUUGGAAUUUUUAAUUUAUUCAAAAAAAAAAGUUAUAAAAUCGAUAUUAAGGCAUCUGAUGAUAUAAAAUAUGAUCCUGUUGCUAAAAAAUGGAUUAGCGGCAGUCAAAGUGUGGCAUCAAAACAAGAUAUUUUAAAUAAGCCUCAAAUUCCAGUACCAAAAAUAAAACCUAAUGUUAAUGCUUUUAAUACGGCGAAUAAGGAUUCAGCAGUUAAAAAAAAUAGUUUAGAUGUAAAAAAGAUGUCACUUUAUGCUGGCAAGAAAAAGACAAAUAUCGUGGAAUUUAGUACAAUAAAAAAAGACAAAAAAAUGUAA